AUGCAGAGCACCUCCACUGGCAAGAAAUUGGAGCCAGCGCUCUGGAGGCUUGUGCAGAGGCUUAAGAGUUUGUCCGACACUUGCAAUUCUUCGCCGAAAGCACCUAGUUCGAAGGCCAGUUCUCACGAAGUUCCAUCGACAUCCCGGGCUUCCAACUUGAAGAAGAGGUUGUUGUUCUCUCCUGAGAGGAGAGUGAGACGCAAGACGGCUGCACGUCCCGAGUCCGCCAAAGAGAUUUUGUCGGUUUAUGGACUUAAUCGGACAGAUGCAGAGGAGGAGGUUAAAGAUGCAGACGUCGAGCUUGCAGACGAAGCUGGCGAUGUUGAUGACUUUGGUGUUAUUCAUGACAGCCAAAGCGAAAUUGAAAUCUGCUCGUCGGAAAAUGAGGAGCCGGCCGCAGCGAAGACCAAAGGACGAGCAAAGAAGGCUUAUUUUGACCCUGCGGCUGGAUGCUACAUCAGACUCAAUCCAGAUGGCCAAGAAGUGAGAGGAGAACUUUCAGAGGGACCUGAGGGGUUCUGCAUGGUUCGCUUUCCAUCUGAAAUGCCAUUCCAAUCGGAGGUGCCGAAUUUAUGGCUUGCUCAGAUGAAUGAAGGCAAAAAAGGCCCGAAGCUGAAACGAGCUCGUGGGAAAGCUAAAGCCAAAGCGAAGGGCAAGUGUAAGCAGUCGUCCGCCCCGGAGGAGCAGGAAGCACCGGAUUCCGAAGCAGCUCCUGCUGAGGAGUCUCCUGAUGCAGCAAGCGAUUCUGGUCCUGACAAAAAGCUCGAGGCGGCGAGGCCUGAAAAUUCUGCAGCUAGUGAUGCACUCCUGUUCCAAGGCUAUGAUAUCACAGGAAUGCCAGAGGAGGCUCAGCCACCGGCCGAUGCUUCGGGCAAGCACUCUUACACUGUUCGACUGCCGGACGGGAUCGCCAUUGACGUCCUUGUGAGGAACAAGGCUUUCUGGAUCAAGAAGCCAACAGAAUGCCGAUCCCAGUACUCCUGGUCGCAGUACGACAAUUUAGCAGAUGCUUGGAGUCUGGCGGCAGCAGCUGCGAUCCCGGUCGAUCUUCAAAUUCAGAUCGAGGUGCGUAGCAGUCAGGAUUCGAGUAUUGCGCAGCUGCGAUUGCUCCGAGCAGUUUUUUUGAGCUUAGCUGUUAAUUCAGCUAUGUCGCAGCGCUAUGCACCGGAAGCCCUGCAGGACAUUCGUAUGUGUCCGAAAUGCGGGACCCGGAGCUAUCUCAGGAAGCGGGUGUGCAUCAACAUCUUAUGCCAGUGGUAUUACAUGCGUCAGGAGCCCAAUACCAAUCUUUGGGCACGUGGCCCCAUUCAGAGUUCAGAUCCCCAGACUGCAUCCUCGGGGUCCCUGGGCUCUUCGAGCAAACGAUCCUGGAGCUGGACCUCGUGGAAGAACAGCGGCUACGCUGACGGCGUAUAUCAGAACAAGCUUGAGCAACAACUCCAAGACGUCCUCGAGGAGGAGGAAUCGGACCCGGAGGAGCCGGAGGAGCCGGAGGAGCCGGAGGUUCAGGUUGUGGCUGCUCGGGAAGGCGACGGGCCACGGAUCGAGGAGGUCGUGUCCAGCGACGAAGAGGCGAAUGCCUUCAUCUUCGGUUUGGAGGAGAAAAACCAAGUGAGCUCUUUUUCCGAGUAUGAGGACGCCCGCCAUGCAUGGGAAAGCACUUCCCAGGAGCACAAGGCGGGGCAUGCUCUGAGGUCAGCCAUAAAGAUGGAGAAGGAGCAUAGCUAUGGCUCGGAGAAGGCUGCGUCGGCAGCCCAAGUGGCCCUUGAGGAGGGCCAAAAGUGGCAGAGGCUUCAGGCAAAGGGUGCCGCCUCCGAAAAAUAUCAGGCUGCAGUGCAAAAACGGCGCUUUGUGCCUGUGAAAGCGGAGCCGCUGGUGCAGGAUGACCCCUACAUGCAAGCUCCUGGGGAGGAGCCGGCGAUGGAAAGCACCGGGGCCACGGAGCAAGGUGACACUGCUGAACAAAGCACGGCUGCGAAUGAGCAAAGUACCCGUGAGGAUACUUGGGGCUAUGGCGAUUAUUCAAGCAGCUAUGGCCGUGGUUGGAAGAGCGGCGGUCGCAAGCAGCAGUCGAGCUCCAGCUGGGAGAGGCCCGGCCCGCAGAGUGGCAGAAGCCAGGAUGCCAUGCAGAAGUACAAUGAAUGGGAAGAGUUUAUGGAUAAAAAAUCCCAGAAAUAUUGGGGCUCGGAUCGAUGGCAGCGGGACUAUGCCUCUCAGGAGCAACAGCAGUCUUUCAAGAAGAGCAAAGGCAAGAAAAGAAAAUUGUGGCUCGCCAGCCAGAUUGAGACUCUGAAGCAGGAGGGCAGAUGGGUCGGAGGAGCUCCGUCGGAAUCCUCCAAGAAGCUUCGUUUGAUCCGUGAGGCCGAGGCGAAGCAGAUUGCAGGCCAAGGAGCCCGUCAGGAGGGCGGUGGUGCAGCUGAGGAGCCAGCUGCAGUGGAUGCGGGUCCUGACGAGGCUCAGGAGGAGCCCGGCUCGGUGCAUACCUGGCAGAGCUUCCGAUCCAUGGUGGAAGGCGCCGAGACCAUUGAACACGUGAUUGGUCUUGAUGAAGCCUACAAGAGUCGGCAGCUGGUGUGCAUCACGUUUGCAGUUUGUUGCUCCUUGGUAGGAGUGGUCCUGCUCCUGGGUCUGUUGUGGGGAGUGAUGGGUGAAGAUAGUGCGGAUCCGCAGAGCGACCAUUCUCCACCGCAUUGGCAUCGGCAGCUGUACCCAGGCGGCAAAGGUCCGCAGAACAGCAAGAUGGCCAAGGCCAUGGCUGCAAAGAGCAAGGCCGCCAAGGCUAAGGUUAAGCACGAAAAGGUGACCCCCAAGAGGAAAGCCAAGGCUGCCAAGGUGGAGCUCGGUGAUGCGGCCGAGGAAGACGAUGAUUCAACGGCACCGAGCGGCUUGGGGUAUGCUCGGGGCACAAUUUCAGCUGCUUUGACCGGGCUUCGCUAUCAGCUCAAAGCUAAAAAAACUACGGACGAAGAGAAACAAAACGCCCAAAAAGUACUCGAGGAGUACGAGGCGGGGGACAUUGCCACCAAGAGAGAGAUAUUGAGCAAGGUCUCACAGUUCGGCGUCCGUCAGUGUAAUUGGGUACACGAUUUGGUCAAGACGACGGCAAUUUUCAAGCUGGAGGGCAUCGAUGAAAGCGGCUUGGAGGAAGAUAUGAAGAAGGAUCUGCUGGAAGAGCUGAUGUCCGAAGCCGAAAAGCGGUACGGCUAUGAGAGAUCGACGAAAAUUCACCCCAAGUUCGAGGUGCUCAGCAAGUACUUCUACAUGCACUCGAAAGGCCAGGUGGCCCGCCAGGCCACUAAGACGGAGGAGUCCCUGGGAAGCCAUUGUUCCGGCAUGAAGAACUUGCAGUUGAAGGACAAGAGGUCCCUCGACAUCAUGUUGGGCAAGAGUGCGGCAAGCUCCAGUUCCAAGGAUCCGGCUUUGCAGCUGAGCCAGAGCCAUACCCUGGCAAAAGAUCUUAUGAAGAAGAUCGUGGCCGAGAAGAGAAAGCUGACCCAAAACAACGAGGAGCUGAAGUCUUUGAAGACCAAGAUUUCCACGAAGUACAGCGGGGACAAAACAUGGGAUAAUCGCAAGGACGACGUCGAUCAGGCGAUCGCAGCUCUCGAGGACUUCUUGGGUGUUCUUCGCCAGCACGAGGCCGAGAGUGUGCCGGCGGAUGUUACUUCCGAUUGCACCGAGCUUGUGGCCACCUUUCACACUGUCGUCGACCAGGCUGCCAACCACGACAAAGGCAGCAAGGCCUUGCUCAAGAAAGUCAAUGGAGUACAGGUGUUGUUCCAAGUUCGCCUUGAGACGGAGCUCCUUGGCAGGCUCGGCCCCAUGUCGCACAGGCACGUGCGCAUAGCGAAGAAUACGUCUGAAGAGUAUUCCUUGGCAAUUUUGCUGCCUCACGAAUCCUUGCACUCACUGCUCAAAGUGAACACGCCAGAGGCCUUGCUUCAGCAGCAAGCCGAGAUCUUGCCUGACAGGCCUGACCUGGAGAACCACUUGCAUUUUUUGGAGGAUGAGUUGGGCUUGGAUUCUGAAUCCACUCUCCUCAUGGGGAUGUGGUGCGAUGGUGUGCCUUUCAACAGCGACCGAUCCAUGACUUUGGAGACGAUUUCUUUGAACAUCUUUGGCCAGCAGAAUCUUCGCCUGCCUGUUGCGGCCUUUCCAAAAGAAUUUGUAUCCAAAUCGCAAACUUUUGAGGAUGUAUUCGAAAUCAUCCAGUGGUCCUUUAAGCAGCUGGCGACGGGGAGCAUGCCAAGCUGCCGACACGAUGGCAUGCCCUUCAAUCGAACCGAUAGUUAUCGACAACGUUUGGCAGGCAGAAAGCUUCCACUGAGAGCUGCUCUGGCUGAAUUUCGAGCUGAUUGGUACCCUCUCAUUUCCAGCAUGGACUUCUUCAUGCGCCAGAGGCAGCAGAAUAAAUUGGUGUCGAGAUUAUUUUCUUGCCCAGGAUUCAAUACGGCUUGCUGCAAGAUGGACUUUUUACACGCUUGCGACCUCGGAGUAACAUCCGACUGGCUUGGGUCUUUGCUGUUUUACUUACAGAGUGAGAAGAUCCGAGGCCUGAGCAAACUCAUCCGAUGUGCCAAGCUGUACCAAGACAUCAAGGCAUACUACGACAGAACUGGGGUCCAAGAUCGAUUGCCGAAGCUCCUUCCCACCAUGCUUCGUGAAGAGGAUCGAGGCAAGAUCAAAUCCCCCAAGUUGAGAGCCAAAGCAGGGGAAGCUCGAGCACUCGUCGGUGCUGCCAUGGAAUUGGCUACAAAGUAUUUGUCGCCAGCAAAGCCUGCUGAACAGGCGAUGUUGCAUGGCACAGAAGCUUUGCAGUCCAUAUAUGCCUGUCUCAGCACUGCAGCUUGGGACAAGGAAGUCUUCAGAGUUUCUUCUCAGAAGUUUCUUUUACUCUGGGGCAGCCUCGAGACUUACUUCGAGGUGGACAAGCUCUUCAGGGUUAAACCUAAAGCCCAUCAGCUGUUCGAAUUGGCCAGGGGCGAGGUGAACCCUAGCAAGACCUGGACCUACAGGGAUGAGAGCUAUGGGCAUACCCUAGCAUUGCUGGGCAGACGGCGUGGUGGCAAGUUUUCGAUGAAUGCUGUUUCUUGUCAAGUUCUCAGACGAUUCCUGGCAGCUAAUAAAGUUCCUCGAAUCGAGAUCGUCCGCAUGCAUGUAUAUAAUUGGGAUGCAUAUACAGAAAAUAACAUUUCUUAA